AUGAGCACAGUAUUGGCCGAAGCACUCGAAAGGUACGCUUCACUGGAAAGUCUUGAUGGAGACGCAGAAAAUGAGUCCAACCACUACCGAAUACGACGCAUACACCAGGAACGUCAGGAAUUGGAAAUCAAGAUGGCUAAUCUGCAACAAGCGCUAGACCACUACAUUGAAGCAGCUGACGAGCUGCAACCACCACCAGAAGGAAGCCAAAUGGUAAAAAUUGAACAGAACAUUGAUAACGCCCAUACUGUACGUCUGAAAGGCCAGAAUCGUCUGACCGAACUCUCUCUGAUCCUCAGACAAAAUGAGGAUCUAGAAAUACCCACUUCGCCCUUGGACGAGACGAAUAAGUACGACAAUCAAGACGCAGUUGUUAACCAGCUGCUUCAAGAGUUGCAAGACCUGCAACCGGCAAGCACUACAACUACCGACCAAAUGAAUACACUGGACAAGAUAGUCCCUAUCAUUUCUCAACUGGAGCGGAAAGGAGAAAACACCAACACGCAACAGAUGCGACGCACAGUCUUGAAGAAGUUUAGCGACAAAAUCCAGCGAGCCAUGCUGAAAAAGAAGACAUCCUUCCACGGAGCGAGCUGGACAACAAAGCAGCUUCUUCAGGACCUCCAGGAUUUCUUCAAUAUGGAAGCUCAAAUUGAGAAUAUACGAGGAACCAUAGAAGAAUCCAACAUUAGCACUCCGCCCGUUGGGAGAACAAACACACUUGCAAACAACCGAAACAACAGGACUUCUCCCUGUUUCUACUGCAACGAGAGCGAUCAUGCACCGAGAUCCUGCUCAAGGUAUCCUACAAUUGAUCAGCGGUUGCAGCUCAUAAGUCAACGAAAUCUCUGUCACAACUGUGGAUCAGGAGAACAUCGCACCAAAAACUGCACUCGAGGAGCCUGCCGACAAUGCAAGCAAAAGGGUCACCACACCUCGAUCUGUCGGAAAUCCCUCAAUCCGCAAGCAUCAGCCAAACAACCAGUAAGAGAUGCUCCGCAAAAGACCCAUACAGAAGGGCACGCAACAAAGAAAAUGGCAACAGGACAAAACUCCACCGUAACUGCCGAAAAGAGCUCAAGGUUGAGCCAAAUCAAUGACCAAGCCAUACUACACCACCAAGAUAUUUCACGCUCAGAGGAUCUACUCGUAGGACAAGCCAGAGUUUGGAAUGUUAGAAGGCAGGAGUUCGAAGACGUUCAUAUCAUGCUAGACACCGGCGCAAAUCGGUCGUUCAUCACAAACGACUAUGCAGAGCACCUAGGACUCGAGAAAACUGGCCAGCUUCAACUAAUAAUCCACACGUUUGGCGAUAGCUCUCCGAACGAGCAAUCCUGCGAGAAGGCUCAAGUCGAAAUUGAGGAUCGUCAAGGUGUUCGACACAAAUUCGAGCUGGCGAAGAUUGACUUCAUCAUGGGAGACCUGCAACGCACCCCACUCUCCGAGCUAGAUCGCCAAUAUCUUCAACGUCACAACAUCAAACUAUCCAUUUCCCCACAAAUUCUAACGCUGCAAACGCCCAUCCUACUAGGCUGUGGCGACCUCUUCUCGUUGUUUGACCAUGGAUUUGGAUACGAGCACAUUCUCCCAUCAGGAAUAAGACUCCUUCGCUCAAAAUUAGGAUAUCUAAGCCAAUGGCCUGCAACAGCAGAGCUGCAGUGUCGGAAACCGAACUUGACAGGAAAGUCGAUGUCAUCAGACAAGCUCCCGAUCCCACCUCCACAUCCAAAUCCACCACCAGUUUCUUCCCCAACACCACCUUCACCAGUAACACCUUUGAAUCCAUCCACUCAUCCAAGCCCUCCUCCGUCUUCGUCCCCGUCCUCACCUCUAACCCUUCGCCCACACCCAUCAACCAAAGCAACACACACAGUAGCCACAUCGCAACAGAAUGCAGUGCAGGAAAUUGUUGACUGGAAACGCUUCUCAUCAGUUGCACACGCAACGUCUGCAUUUUCAUAUGCCUUAAGAUGGCUCAAUCGAAUCGUCACACGACUUAAUCCCGACUUGAGGGAUUCCAUCCUAGGAAGCAUUCCACAGCUCCGCAAGCGCUACAACGACGAGUUCACCACCGUUCCAGAGCGUAACCAAGCUGUACUACUGCUCAUACGCAAUCACCAACGUCUACAUGUGGAAGGAAAAAUCAAUCCGGUCAAAGAACGAUUGGUGCCAAUAAUGGACUCGGACGGACUUCUCAGAUGUAGAGGACGUCUACACAAUUCUGAUUUGUCCAAAGAUAGCAAACAGCCCAUCCUUUUGGGGCCACAAACAUCACUAGCAACCCUGGUUAUUCAAGAUGCCCACAAACGCUUCCAUUUGGGAACAGCCCACACUAUGGCAGAGGUCAAUCAAAACAAAGAAGGCGUUGUGCGUGAUGUCGAACUCAUCCUAGCAAAUAAACGCACAACACGACGCCCAAUCAAUCUAAUCGUCCCGCUCGAGUUAGACGGAGAAGAGGAAGAAACCAGGGAUGGCACGAAAAAUCAUUCGCCUAGUUAUACGUACGACGUGACAGAAGGAAACUCAUCACGAAAAAUGACAGCACAUGACUCACAACCGACAGAUACGGCAUCAGACAGUGCAUCGUCGAAGACUACGGGACGCUACUACCUUCGAAGCCGAUCGCGGAACAACUACGUGUGGGCCGGGAGUAUAUCGAUUCCUCGACCAUCGAUAUCCAACCGAUAG